AUGGCUGCUACCCAUACGGGAGGAGUCGAGUGGGCUCUAAUUUUAAAGCCUUUUCUUUCAUCCACCAACGAGAAUAUCAGUAAAGGUGAUGUUUUAAGUUUAGUCAAAACUAUCAUACAAAAUGAGAACGAAAUACUCGAGCAUGACGCCGCUCACAAGCAGUUUUUCGACAAUUUGGUAGUCUUGGCCGCAGAGAUCAUCACCAAUCAGGUCACAUCGCUAUCGCAAACUCAACUUUCACAGUUUACGGAAGCUGCUUCUAUAUUGAUUCGUUACAUAAUUCUUCAUUUGGAUUCAACUGCACCAUGCAAGCCGAGUAUUCUAUUGAUGGCCCUAAAAGUGCUUUGCGAGGGGAAAAGGGCCAACGAAAAUCAACCCAACGCAGCCAGCCCUGUCUCGUUGAUUAUUUCCGUCUCCGGUAUGAAGUACUUAAAGUAUCCAGAGAUUCCGGGUAACAAAUCUGCUUCGGUUGGAACCGCGGGUGGAAGCAAUGUCGGUAAUUCGGUGGGUGCAGGCUCUGGGGAAAAAGAUAGUCCCAAAGCUGAGAUGAAACGUUCCCGGUCGGAUUUGUCGACGGUAAUCUUACAACAGUUGACCACCCCACUAUGCAGCUGGGCUGUUACCUUUGCAGCGCUCAGCGAAGAGCAAAUCGAUUGCACGGACUUAUUUGUAAAGCACAACUUGCAAUGCAUGAACGCAAUCAAUGCUGGCGACUCAUUGCUCAAGUGGUGCACAACGGCUCUGACGACGCUGGCAAAAUAUCGUUUCAAAUACGAAGAGUGCACCAUGCUUGGUCGCCCGUUAUAUCUGCCUGUCACCAACACCGAAGCAAACUCAGUAAAAUCCAUACUAAAUUUGAUGGAAUCGGACAUAACGAAUUUACAGCUAGCUAUAUCGCUUCCUCUUUUGGAACCCCUAACAUCUAAGAAGAUAACUCUUUUGUCUCAGUGCGCUAUGUCUGCGCUGUAUUGCUGCGUACUUACGUCAACUGCAGUCAGUGUUAUCUCCAUGGCCACGGCUGGAUCUCAAAAGACUGCUUCGUCUGGACAACUACAGCAAACACAGAGCCAAACAUCUGCAGUAAGCCAAUCGCAAAAAGAAGCCGAAGAUGAAGAAGACUAUGCUCGGAAUAUUGUGGAUAGGGGGUUGGAAAUUUUCUCCAAAAUCGGGAAUCUCCUCAAAUCAGCUACACGCACGCACAUUCAUCAAAAUCAUAUGUGUAUGGGAGCAUGGCUGCUAAUAUCCGGAAUUCAAGGUACAAUGGGUGCAUCCGGAAACGCGAGUGGAUUACAACAAAUGGUGCCCACAAAAACCAACGAGGAGAGUUUAAAAGGGCGUAGCCCUCUAAAAACGCUCGACGUACCUCAAACAGCUCAAGCAGCUGCCCAGUCAUCUCCUGCUUUGCGCGUUAAUCUGUUCAAAGUACAGCAAGGAUUCGGCGUAUUGAACGCGGCCAUCGCUCGUCAUAGCAUCACGUUGCUGACGGAAUUGAUCGAUGAUUUGAAGAUAGAUUCUCGAACGGAAGAGGAAGAGUAUAGUAGUAUCGAAUCGGCCGGUUUUGACAUUCUCGGUCAGUAUACCUCGAUUCAGCGUGUGGUACGUGUACUCAACAGUGCCACACUACAGCAAUUACUCACAUUCCUUGCUACGGUGUCAUAUCGAAAAGCGUGCACUCUCCGUCGAAUCAACACCAAAAACACCAACGACGGCGAACCAAUGAGUUACAGCGACUCUACCACAUACUUCAAUGACACGUUUUCCUGCUCAGAAGAAAGCGAACCUGAAGAAGAAGAUAGUGACAGUUAUCUUGGUCUGUGGUUCAAGGAAACGCUCUCGCCCGAAGCUAACGAAGAAAUGAUUGAAUCGCAAGAACAAGAGAGCAAGGAAGAAAAAGGACGCCUUGGAAGUAGUCUCGUAUCCGCGAAAGAUGAACCUCACGAGUAUCUUAGCUUGGCAUCAUUAAUAUUCAUUUUUUUCGACACUUCUCUUGGAACUAGCCAUGUAUACCUGAGCCGUUACGUGAAGACCGGCUUAAGCGAACAACAGAUGGUAUUGAUGGCAAACAUCUUGCGUGAUCUGGAUCGUGAUUCGGCCCGUGGGGAAACAGACGUCUCUAGUUGCGUACAAUGGCAAAAUGCAAUGAUAAAAUUCUCUGGCGCCGUAGGACGCUAUCUGCAUAAUCUGAUAUCAAAUUCACUGCUGAAUGAAUCGCUUCAGUCGGCGCUCCUAUUGCAUCUGGGCGUGUCACCUUGGACGCAGGAUUCUAACACUUGGCCAUUACAGGUGUACUCUCGCACACUAGCUGUAUUGGUGCAAAUCCUAUUGCUUAAACCAUCGCAGGAAAAGGAAGCUGCAUGUUUGUCUGUAUGGCAUCGUCUGGUAAAUACGCUUGUCGAAGGGAUAUGCUCCACACCAACAAUCCCUAAUGAGCAAGAGAUAGAAGAUCUCAACGUGGAGCAUGCACAGCUAUUACUCUUCUUGUUCCACUCUUUGAACCUAAUGCAAAAAAAGUCUAUACUACUGCUCACAGCGGGAGGAGUUAUUCGUUGUUCCGAGGUAUGUCGUAGUGUUACGUCGGAUAAGCCGUUGAGAGAUCAUCAGAUCAUGCUUCUAUCGCGAUUACUUCUGUUUUUGGAAUAUCUGAUGAAACAUUUGUACAAUCCCCCGAAUGUUCUGCUGGAACAAGUGCGCUGGAAUUUAUUUAGUGUCUUUACACUCGAACAUGAACAGAAGUUGGCAGAUUUGGUAAACUACAAGACAAAGAUGAUGUCGUUCUGCCGUAAAGACAUCGAAGAUAAACAUCGCAAAUUGGCAAAUGAAUUCAGCGUCGGUGGAGUUAAACCUAAAUUUUAUUCACUAACCACUGUCGAUUCGAAAGUGCAACAGGAAUUCAAAUUAGAUGGAUUGGCUUGGAAUUUCAUCCUGUGUACACCGGAUAAACUGAAAUAUCCAUGGCUGAUUGACGCUCUGAUUGAUAUUCUGGGCAUAACAGAUAUGUGUUUAGCUCGAAUUCCUUUCCAGACGUUAUGUGCAGUACACUAUUGUUUUAGCCUUUGCUGGAAAUUGUUGCUUGGAUUACCUCCCUCGACGCAGCAUGUUGAAGCACUGAUGCAAGAGAAAAGCCCGAAUCUGCAUUCGUUGUUGUGGUCGAUUCGCUGUUUGCAUCCUAUAACUCAUUCACAUUACCUCAUUGUAAACAGCCUUGUUAAACAAGGUAUGUACACCCAAUCUGCUGAGGCCAUGUGGAUCCGAUUGACUGAAAAUGUAUCCGACGUUAAAUAUGGUUUGAAAAUGACCUUACUGGGAUUAGAAUCAUUUGCAAAAAAUUUCUCAGCCGAACAGCCAAGCCUGUCCAAGAUAAUUCUUUUGGAUAGCUUAAUGUCCCAUCUCUUUGCGGUUUGCUGGGCUGAAAAAGAGGGCGUUAACUUAAAAACCACUAAAACUAACAAUAGUGCUGCAACAGUGGCAUUAUCUAGUGUAUCUACUGCUAUGCACACCACGACGACAAGCACAGUUUCAUCAGCUGGUACAACUAACGAAGGCAUAGCUAGUGGAGUAAGUUGCACCAGUGUUCCUGGAGUGAAUGGACUAGCAUCGUCUUCUUCUAGUAGUUCAACAUCUUCAGAUGGAUCUGCAUAUGCCAUGCCGUUAGAAAUUUCUCGAGCUGAUUUAACAAAAAGUAUCAUGAGUGCUCUACUAGAUGUGUUGGAAAUUGUUCGUGAGGCAACCUAUAAAACUAUGUUUCAGAAUUUGAGCGGACAAAUAUCUACCAGUUUGAUCGAACCGCUAAUCUCGAUUGCGGGCACUAAAAAUCCUUUCUGUGAAGAACUCGCACAGCAAUUGAUUGGUUGCAUUACAGGACACGACAAAGACGUGAUAAGCGUGGAAUUGCGAAAAAGUUUGUAUGCCAUGAGUGAGGAAGAUUUCCCCAGUGGAUCAUUCCCUGUAGAAACACACACCCUGGCUGUCAUCGAGGCGCAUCUCGCGGAAAUAUCCAAACAUUUGUCUUACUCCAUAUUGCUGUCUUUGAAGAAUACUCUAAAAUCAGCGAUAAACUUAAUCUACUAUUUGCUCCCUAAUUACGACGACAAUACGCUAGACGAGCGUUUGAAGGAAAUAUUAAUUCCUAUGGCAUUUGAUCUGCGUGCCGAAUAUUUACAUAGUUCGAUAACCAAAUGUUUAGAGGCGCUAUUGGGAGGAGAUAGCAAUUCAGAAGCAUACCAGCUUGCUGCGUUUUCCAAUAUCAUAAAACACAGCUACCAGUUCCUAAUCGAAUAUACUGAUUUGUGCGCUACGGGUCGUACAACUAACAUCGAUGAAUCGGUCCUCUGCAGUAUUCUAAAAUAUUGGGAAUCGAUGUUGGAUAAAGCUAAUGGUUUGCGAGCGAUGCGAAACUUUUUCUAUGAAUCAAAAUCUGGAAAUCUGGUGCAAGUUUUGCUUUCAUUCACCGGUACAAGCAUUUCACAAGCAUACUCUACCAGAGUGCUACAAUUCUUCGAAAAACUAUUCCAAGCAACCGAGAAACUAGAUGCGCCUUUCGAUGAAGAAGAGCUAUGCAUGUGCAUAGCUGAUCUUGCAAUUACAGAUAGUGCACGAUUAAAGAGCUGGCUCAGCCACAUACUUCUAGGCCCCGGAGGGAUAAGCCUUACAGCAAACGCAUCGAACAAUUCGAGCAAUGUUCCGACACCAACAAAUAUGGCAACAGUGUCUGCAAUUCCUAGUAUUACCGAUCAACUCGCCGGGUCCGGCACCGCUGUUGGCAUUGCGGAUACUGUGGUAUCCGAAAAUAAUACUACUGCCGCGAAUGUACCUAUAACUACGGAAGGAGAUCAACAGGAUGCUAUGGAUAUUGAUUACGAAUGCAUGACGAAAGGAAGCGGAUGGCAAGCGGCUGCAACAAGCUGCGGAAAGAUUGCUAUAGAAGAUGCGUCAGGAGAGUCCCUGGAACGUAAUGGCAAAUUGCUCCAAUCACUUGUGAAGUAUAUAGUUGCGGAGCAUCGUAUUUGUUCAUCCGUGUCAGUAGCCUUAUUCCAGGCGCUGAUUCAGAUAGGCCACAACCUUCUUUCGCCGGCACAAGAAGCAAUCGAGUUUUCCGAUCUGCUGCAAGUUAUGAUCACACUAGCAGAUGCUGGUAAAGGUCGUGGUCAUGCUCUCCUCUUUGGGGCCGCUAUCGAUUGGCUGGAUGUUUGCCGCGGACAAGUGCUAGAGGGUGGAAAAAGUGGUACCAGUGGUUGGCGAGCAGCUGUUCAGCUUGAUAAUGUAACUGCUAUCCUAAAAUACAUGAGUGAUCUUCUACUCGGCUUGGGUGUUAAAGGUAAUAGAUCAAUGAAUCCCCCCUGGGACGAAGAAUCUGUUGUGGACGCGGAAGACAUUAUGGACGAACUUGGAGGCGACGAGGAGGAUAGUACUAUCGAGGAUUCGGAUGAAGAUAGCCUUGGCAAUAAGCUAUGUACAUUCUCAAUAACACAAAAAGAUUUUAUGAAUCAACAUUGGUACUACUGUCACACAUGCAAGAUGGUGGAUGGUGUUGGAGUGUGCUCUGUUUGUGCUCGCGUUUGUCAUAAAAAUCACGACAUAAGCUACGCGAAAUAUGGUAACUUUUUCUGCGAUUGCGGUGCCAAGGAAGACGGCUCAUGUCAGGCUCUAAGUCGCCGUAGUAUUUCCGGUCAUGGCGAAGAUUCUAUUCUUGGAUCAUCAUCAGCUGCUUCACUUUUGCCCCGCACUUCGGACACUGAUAGUGUUCUGCUAGCAAGUAGCUCGAUUCGGCGGCGUCAACCUAUCAGUCCGUCACACGAAGCGACUUGCAAUAGCCGUGCAGCUGGAUCUGGAACUCAAGGACAAAUUUCCGAGAAAGAGCAACAGCUAGCAAAAAUUAUUGAAACUUCCCGUGAAGCUUUAAACAAUCCUAGCCAAUGGAAAAUGGUAAUCCGAUGCAUUCUUGUAUUCUUCAACUCGUUAAUGCCUACGGUAAAGGAACAUUGUGCCAGAUAUUCCCCUGUAGGUUGCUAUUGGCGAGCAAAAAGUGCGCUAGAACGUUUACACCGCCCGGAAAAAUCAUACGUGUUGAGCGAUGAAAUUAUGAUUGCAACGCUUGGUUCCCAGGAAGGUGCGUUCGAGAACGUGCGAAUGAAUUACUCCGGUGAGCAGGGUCAAACUAUCAAGCAGCUGCUUUCCACCUAUCUCGUACGUCGUGUGGCACUUUGCUGCCUUGCCUCUCCGCAUGGCAAACGGCAACAAUUGGCUAUAUCGCACGAGAAAGGCAAGGUCACGAUAUUGCAACUGUCAGCACUUCUGAAACAGGCGGAUGCAGCAAAGAGAAAGCUAACACUCACAAGGCUAGCCUCAGCUCCUGUGCCUUGCACCGUACUUUCGCUUGCUUCGAACCCGGCUAAUGAAGAUUUUCUGGCCGUAUGUGGACUUAAAGAGUGUCAUAUUCUCACAUUCACCAGCUCUGGCACCGCAAACGAGCAUAUAGUGUUAACCCCGCAGCUGGAUACAGGUAAUUUCAUCAAACGUGCAAUAUGGUUACCGUCUUCGCAAACAAAAAUGGCUCUGGUAACUGCAGACUUUGUAAAGAUAUACGAUUUGGCCGUUGAUAGCACCAGUCCACAGUAUUAUUUCCUGGUGCCGAGUGGCAAAAUCCGUGACUGCACAUUUAUAUACGAUCAGGAAGGCACCUAUCACAUGCUUAUAAUGUCUUCGCUUGGAUACAUAUACACACAGCCGUUAAGUGACGAAAGUCUAGCCAAACAUGGACCUUUCUAUGUGACGAGUACACUAGAGCUCCACCACGCUCUAAUAACGGAUGACAAUGGGCAAAUAUUAGCCGGUGGCGUAUCAAUUUAUUAUUCGCAUGUCCUGCAGAUGUUGUUCUUCAGCUAUGCUGCCGGGCGUAAUUUUAUGGCUCCGCUAACAAAUGUUAACGAUGGUGUCAAAUGUGUGAUCAAUUUAGUGUGCAAUGCUAGUUCUAAAUUGUUGUCCAAAUCUACAACGCAGCCGCUUUGCCAGUGGACAGAAAUCGCCGGACACCCGGGACUAGUGUGCGCAAUGAUGCAGAGUCUUAACAAUCCUGUAAUUUUCAUGAUCAAACCAGACGGAUACAUGGCGCAAGAAAUUAAAGCUCAAAAUGCAAAAGCAAAAAUAAUGGAUAUGGUUGCGAUUCGGCAUAGUGUUUCUGGUGUUGAAAAAACAACGCUGAUUUUGCUAUGCGAAGAUGGAAGUUUACGAAUUUAUGCAGCUCAUCCGGAGAACACAGGAUAUUGGCUAUCUCCGGAAGUGCAACCUGUUGGCCAUCAACAAGCUUUCGGAUGGUAUGGAGCAAAUGGAAAAUCUUCACGGAAGUCGAGAAAAUCUGUAAAACAUUCACUUAAUGGCGUAAGUGCCUCAGCAUCUGGCAGCGGUAAAGGCGCGAUGGGAACGGCACCAACUUUCCCGAUCGAUUUCUUUGAGCAUUGCACACUGAUGAAUGAUGUCGACUACGGAGGUAACGAUUUGCUCCAAAUCUAUAACACACAGCAUUUGAAACAUCGACUUAAUUCAACGGGAUUGUACGUGACAUCUACUAAAACAAAUGGUUUCACCUUGGAUGUCUCUAACAACGAUCAGAACAUGGUUAUCACAGGUGUGCGUGUUCAAAUCGGUUCACAAGAUGUAACAAAGGCACCUCAGCGAUUGACCGUUCACGGACGCUCUGUCCCCACAGUUGCUACGAGGGCUCGUUGGUUUGAUAUUCCGCUAACGCGUGAAGAAAGUCUGCAAAGUGAUAAGAAACUAAGCAUUCACUUUAGUCCAUCAGUGGAUGCGGAACAAAUCACCAUUCUGGAUAGCAUCAAAAUAUAUGGCAAAACCAAAGAUGUCUUUGGUUGGCCUGAAGAAACGGAUGAUGCUGCCGCCGGAGGACAGUUAGCUAAUGGUGCUUCAGGAAGCAAUGCACAAAUGGUAUCAGUUAGUGGAAAUGGUGGUAACGAUGGAAAUGUAGGGCACGUUGAGAACGAUUCCGGUGCGCUGUAUAUGACAUCAUUAGAUCGUAUGCUUUCAAGUAUGUUGCAUGUGUUGGAUAGUAGUGUGUCCUUGUUAGGUGGACCAACUUGUGACGAAAACUAUCGUCAAACAGCUAUUGAUGUGGCAACGAAUCUGAUACUGUAUCCUACUGUAAAUGUGGUACAGCAAGAAGCUCGGAACGUGCUCAUGACUUGUCACUCCAGCAAGUUAGCUUACCAUUCAUACAAGGAUAAGGAGAUACUGAUCGAUAUCAACCGACAACUGAAACAAAUGUACGAUUCAAUCAAUAAUGGUGACAUUGAUCCAGAAGCAUACUAUAGGGUUGUUCUUAUGAUGCGGAGUAUUGCAAUCCAACGACCGCAGGCUAUGGCGAAAAUAUGUACUGAGCAGCAGAUGGACAUCUUAGCUCUAAUGAUGACCAUCAUGAAGGAACUGCACCGUAUUACUCCGGCUUAUGAAGAACCGGUUGCAAUCGUGAAGCGUGGCUUAUGUCAUAUUGAAGCUAUUAUAUAUUCGCUUGUGGAUAUAAUUUACGCAUUUGCCCUAGCUGAUAACGAGCAGAUUGAAAGCAUGGCAAAACUGUUCGUUCGUUUGUUGCUCGAUCCUGCCCCGAUUAUCAGCCAUAGUACUAAACAAGCCAUGAUACGCUUGCUGCGUCCAAAGGUAAAGCGGCGAAAAGUAGUACUAAUCGAAAGCCCUCCCGUUUGUUCUACACCAACUCCAUCUGGAUCGGCUGGAACUGUUGCGCCGGUAGCAUCAAUAUCAACUGCCUCGGGUGCUGUACCAUCUACAUCAUCGGGAAAUGGAACUGAUGAUUUUGCAGCGACAGCUGCCGCCUCGAGCACCGGUGGUGGUAUGCAGCAGGAAGUGGAUGCAAUUGAAUCGCUUGGGUUGGAACCGGGUGCAGGAAAUCAGGCGCUUGCUUCAUUGGAAGCCUUGUUGGGUGUUGGUUUUCCACAUCUGCUCGAAACGCCUGAUGCUGACGAUGAAACUAUAAUGGAAAUAGCGAUUGCUCUUAGUCUUCAAGACAAUGAAGCAGAUCUGCAGCUUCUGCAACAGAGUAUCGCAAACUAUCAAGGAAGAAAUCGAAACUCUGCAAGCCAAAAUUUAGCAGCAGCCAUUGCUGGUGGAUCUUCGUUCAACGUGGAAUCGAAUACAUCUGGAGGUGGCUCAGAUGAUGAUGAAAUUUCGAAUGUGGCCACCGAGGGAUCUACCCUACGAACGUCUCCGGCUGGUGAGCAUGCUGGCAGCGGAAGUGGUGGAUCAGAAAGUGGAUGUAGUGGUGUCGACAGCAUAGGUGGAACCUCGGGUCGUAGCUCGACACACGAGGAGCAAGCAAAUGCUUCACCGCCUCGCACUUCUGUAGUGGACCAGAUGGCGCCGCAAACUACAAGUGUCACUACGAUUCCGCCGACAUGUACAGCACCAGAAGCAGAAGCAACGGACAUAACUGGUGAAAAUUCAAACAAAUUGCACGUGUUGCGAUAUUCCAUUUUAAGUCAACUGGUAAAUAAUUUUUCCGCAUUGGAUCUGGUGAAUGGAACACAGUGUGUUCCAUUUAUGCAGGUCAUCUUAAUGCUAACAUCAGAUCUAGAGAGUAGUCAGGACCCUGACCAACAAGUAUUGAACCGCUUACUACAGGCCUUGAUUGAUCGUUUAGAGAUUCCUUCCACCAAAAUUUAUCAUAUGGCUUCUCGAACUCCAAAAACGGAAGUUCAACUGGUUGUACUACGGUUGUUCGGUGUUUUGAUGGGAAAGGUUAAAUCGAAAUCUACGUCCUCAUCCGCAACAGCGACAUCGGCUGCUGGCUCGAACAGUGAUAAAUCAAUCAUCAAUCAAGCAGUGCUCGACAACGCAUCGUUUUUGGCCCAAGCGACUGCUAAUGCACUGAUGAAAAAUAAUGCUAUUCCAUACUGUCUGGUAAUAAUGGAAUCAUUUUUACCACAUUGGAAAAAAUCCACCACCGCAUCUAUUGAUGAUUUAUGUUCACCCGCGUCAGCAAACGUUGCCAAUACAAACACGGGAGGUACUGCCGCUUCCUCCAGCAACACAUCAUCUAAUGCAACCUCAAAUAACGUUGCUGUUCCAUCACUAACGGCGCCGGGAGGUGCUCCAUCGAACGUUCUGCUGAAGUCAACACAAUAUGGAAUUUUACCGGAUAUGCAACCGUUCUUCGCUCGUCCUUUCCCUAAAGGUUCUAGUGAUGUGUUUGAGAUGUACUCUCAAGUGCUCACCGAAAUGGCGGUAAGGUUGCCAUAUCAAAUUCUAAAACUAUCUACGGGCCAUCCAUCGGCUCACGAAUGGAAUCAAACGCUAUGUGAGUACAUGACGUCCACAUUGUGUGAAUACAUGAUGUAUAUGCAAUCUCCAGUUUUACGUCGGCAAGUUCGCAAGUUGUUGUUGUACAUUUGCGGUAGUAAAGAAAAAUAUCGACAAUUACGUGAUCUACACUCAUUGGAUACACAUAUGAAAGCAGUGAAAAAAUGUUGUGAAACCAGCUGCUCGCAAGUGGCGUCGGCGUCCUCAUCUUUAACAAACGGUCAUUCGACAAUUCUCGGCUAUGAUGCAUUAGUCGAGUUAACAGAGCAUUUUCGCGCAUGUCAAGAGAUUGCAUCUAUCCGUACUGGAAAUUGGCAAAAAUUCUGUGUACGUAAUGCAGAAGUACUUGCUUCACUUAUCAACAUCAGCACAUACCAGUUGGAGGAGGGCGGUGUAUCGACGAUUAUAUUGCAGCUUCUUCAGUCUGCCAUCUGUAACACCACUAGCACAUCGCAAGCGCAACAACAAAAACAGUCGUCAUCGUCUUCGGGUGUAACAGUGGAUCAACAAUUGAAAGUAUCGGUAAUUGUGAAAGACAGAAAAGAUCGUGACAAAUCAGAGGAAUCGGAUACGAUGGCAGCACCUUCGGAAUCGAAAUUCGAUCCCGCUCAAUGUGUUGCUUUGGUUGCUCAAAUUUUCAGCCAGAUUAAUCCGAUCAGCUUGAGUAAAUUCAUCCGAAGCUUCCUCUUGGAGACUAACUCAACAUCUAUCCGCUGGCAGGCCCACAGCCUUGUGUAUGCAUUGUAUGAUAAUAGUGGGGAUGCGCAAAAAGAAACAUUGCUACAGUGUCUAUGGGAUCUAUGGCCGCUUCUACCAGCAUACGGCAAGCGAACUGCACAGUUCGUAGAUUUGCUUGGAUUUUUGACUCUAAACACGCGAUCAUUGAUAGAUAAACUACCGGAUUACACCGCACAGGCUGUAUCAGUCCUGCGCCAACAAAAUGAAUUACUCUCCAAGCACCCAAAUGCCCCAAUAUACACAGCGUUAGGCCAAGUGUUAGAACUAGAAGGGUUUUACCUCGAAUCAGAACCGUGUCUUGUGUGUAAUAAUCCGGAGGUACCAUUUUCAAAUAUCAAGUUAUCUACGAUCAAGGUGGAUUCAAAGUUUACAACUACUACAACUAUCGUGAAGCUAGUGCAAAGUCACACUAUUUCUAAGAUAGUUUUGCGUAUCGCCGAUCUGAAGCGAGCAAAAAUGGUACGCUCGAUCAAUAUCUACUACAACAACCGAACUGUGCAGGCCGUGGUAGAGUUAAAGAACCGCCCGCUUAUGUGGCACAGAGCUCGUAAAGUAACACUUCUGUCAGGUCAGACAGAUGUUAAGAUCGAUUUCUCUCUUCCAAUCACCGCCUGCAAUCUUAUGAUCGAGUACGCCGAUUUCUAUGAAACUGUGAGCGGUUCAAGUGAAAGUUUGCAGUGUCCACGAUGCAGUGCCGUUGUGCCGGCAAAUCCAGGCGUAUGUGGUAACUGUGGCGAGAAUGUGUUCCAGUGUCACAAGUGCCGAGCAAUCAACUAUGAUGAAAAGGAUCCGUUCCUUUGCCACACGUGUGGAUUUUGCAAGUAUGCCAAAUUUGAUUAUAGUAUAUACGGACGUGCAUGUUGCGCUGUGGAUCCGAUCGAAUCAACUGAAGAUCGUUCUAAGACGGUGCAAGCAAUCCAUACUUCACUGGAAAAAGCAGACCGUUCUUAUAAGUCGCUCCAAAACAACAAACAAAUUUUAGAGUUGCUUGUACAGAAAGUAUCGGAGCACAAGCUCGAUCGUACUCUGGAUGAAACGCUGAUCGGUACGUCGGUCGUAGGUGCAGCACAGGUUGGAGGUGCGUCACAAGUUAACAAGGUAAUACAGCUACUUGCACAAAAGUAUUGUGUGGAAUCAAAAACUACUUUCGAAGAGCUGAGUAAGGUCAUACAAAAAGUUCAAGCGUGUCGUAAGGAGCUUGUUGCAUACGAUCGUAGUCAGUUGGAUGGACCGUCAUGUGGGGUAACAAGUACUGGUGGCUCAAUGACAACAAGCUUCGCUUCUAAUACCGGAAUGACGGUAAAACCAACAGUUGUUGCUCUCAACAAGUGUUAUGGCUGUGCGUUAGCAUCGACCGAACAAUGUCUUACACUGUUACGUGCUAUGGCUUCCAACAUGGCCUGUAGAGUGGGGCUGUGCAGCCAAGGCUUGGUACAAGAAUUGGCGAUGAACAAUUUGCGCCGCGGAACCCAUCAAUUGCAGGACGAAGUUCGUCAUUUACUGUGCUUAUUAACGCGAGAUCUUCCCGACGCCACUCGAGCUCUUUGCCAGCUACUGCAGGAUAGAGUUAAGAUGGCACUCUCUGGAACUGUUCCUUUGGCCACGCUAGAUUCUGCUAUUCGACACGAGAUGGCCCUGCUGGAAGCCAUGAACAACCAGGACGACAGCUGCUGGGAGAUCAAGUUGCGUACUGUGAUCGAAUUAUUCCUGCAAGCAUCACGUGAUGCAAGAGGGCCAGCAACCGGUGUUAUUCAUCCAUGCUUGCGCAUAGUUCAAUCGCUCAUCUGUCCAACAUUACCAUCAACGACAAACGCAAACGGAAAUAGUAAGAAUCAUAGUAAAGAAUCCAUAGUGAGUAGUUUGCAGGACUUGUGUACUAUCCAUCCGAUGGAGGGUAUUACUGUAAGUUAUGAAAAAUGGAUUGCUGGCGAUAUCAAUCACUCGUACACCAACUGGAAAGCACGGAUGCCUAUCGUUUCCGGUAACAUUGAUGUACCUCGUCGAAUAACAGAAGAAAACCCGCCUCUACCCAUGGGAAUAGCAGUAGCUCCUCCUCCUUCAAUAGGGCCUAGUGGAUUCCGUUCUGCCCUAGAAAAUCGGCGCUUACUCUAUCGUAAUGCAUAUUUAAUGGAGAAAUAUGCAAAACGUUGGUAUCAGAAAGUCUUAGCAAAAGGAGUCUCACCGAUUCCAGUAGAACUUCAAGCAGCAUGGCUACAACCUAUCCUGUUUAACACAAAUUCCCGACUCGGGCGGCAAUUGACAUGCGCGCUAAUUACAUCUCUUUGCCGCACAAAUGAACGAAAAAGAGAGCUGCUGGAUCUGCUUACUAGCUUCCUACGCUACGUGGGUGAGAGUGGGGAAGCAAGUGCCGAAUUUUUAGCCCUUUACCGCAUGCUGGCCGACGAGAGCCCUUGGCGACAGUAUCUAGCUCUCAAAGGAGUUCUAACGUUGCUUAUACAGCUGGUAACGGUAGAAAUAGAAAAAAUUCACUGCCUCGAAGAAACAACGCUUUCUACAGACCUAGCACAGGGUUAUGCAUUGCGCCAGCUAGUAGAACUGAUGGCACUCUUUUUAGAUAACCCUCCAAUACGCAAAGCGUACAAAGGCAAACUAUUAGGACCCGUGCUACAGGGGUAUCUGGAUCUUCGCAAAUUGAUCGUUCAACGCACUCGUUUAAUUGAUGAUGCCCAAGAGAAGCUUCUUGAAAUGCUUGAAGAGAUGACCACUGGUACGGAGGAAGAAACGGCUGCUUUUAUGGCAGUGUGUAUCGACACAGUACGUCGAACACCGACGACAGAUGUGAAGACGCCUGUGUUUAUGUUCGAGCGACUGUGCUCUAUUAUCCAUCCGGAGGAAAAUGAUGUGGGUGAAUUUUUCCUAACUCUUGAAAAAGAUCCACAGCAGGAAGAUUACCUCCAAGGACGCAUGCUGGGCAACCCGUAUCCCUCUCAUGAGACCGGUCUUGGUCCUUUGAUGCGUGAUGUGAAAAACAAAAUCUGUAUUGACUGUGAAUUGGUGGCAUUGCUAGAUGACGACAAUGGUAUGGAAUUACUGGUGCACAAUAAAAUCAUCAGUCUGGAUUUGCCGGUAAAGGAGGUAUACAAGAAGGUAUGGCUUCAAGAAGGAGGAGAACGAGAUGGCAUGCGCAUAGUAUACCGUAUGCGAGGCCUGCUAGGUGAUGCAACCGAGGAGUUUAUUGAAACGCUGAAUGCCAAAAGCAAGGAAGAGGUCGACAACGAGCAGCUGUACCGCAUGGCAAACGUGCUGGCAGACUGUGGAGGAUUGAAGGUAAUGCUAGAACGUAUUGGAAGUCUACAGAACGUUUCGAAAUCGCGCACCUUGCUACAGGUACUGCUGAAGCUAUUCUUGCUUAGCGUUAAGGUUUCCCGUUGCCAAGAGGUACUCUGCCAGCCAGAACUUGGAGCGAUCAAUACGCUGUUAAAGGUACUACAGCUAUGCCUACAAAGCAGCGAAAGCGACGCGCAGCAAUCGGCCGUAACCGAACAGUUGCUCGAGAUCAUGGAAACAAUACUUUCAAAAGCAGCCUCCGAUACAUUGGACACGUUUCUACAAUUUUCGUUAACCUUCGGUGGGCCCGAGUACGUGCAGGCUUUGCUAUCUUGCACUAAUUGCUCCAAUGUACGGUGUAAUCCGUCCGUGCUUCGACAUCUAAUCCGCGUACUUGCAGCACUUGUGUAUGGUAACGACAUUAAAAUGGCCUUGUUGUGCGAGCACUUCCGUGUCGUGUUCGAUUUCGAUCGAUUCGAUGGCGAACGCAGCCCAGAAGAAGAGUUCAAAAUGGAAUUGUUCUGUGUUCUGACUACUGGCAUCGAACACAAUUCUAUUGGUGGCACGCUCAAAGAUUACAUAAUGAGCUUAAACAUUGUCGACAAAGCGCUUGGUUAUAUCAAAUCUCAUGCACCUUGCGUAAAACCGACAUUGCUUCGGACGGAUUCGGACGAACUGAAAGAAUUUAUAUCGCGAGCUUCACUGAAGUACAUUUUGCGCUUCCUGACUGGCCUAGCUACACAGCACGAAGCGACUCAACUGUCUGUGGCUGAAGAUAUAAUACCUAUUAUUCAUCGCUUAGAACAAGUCUCGAGCGAUGAGCAUGUUGGUUCAUUAGCGGAAAAUCUCUUAGAAGCACUAUGCACCGAGCCAGCGACGGCGAAACGAGUACAGGAGGUACGUGAUUUUACUCGAGCCGAAAAGAAGCGACUUGCGAUGGCAACACGAGAAAAACAGCUCGAUGCACUCGGAAUGCGUACAAAUGAAAAAGGACAGGUUACUGCAAAAGGUUCGAUUCUGUCACAAAUCGAAAAGUUACGCGAAGAGACGGGUCUCGCCUGCUUUAUUUGUCGUGAGGGAUACGCAUGUCAACCAAAUAAGGUCCUCGGCAUAUAUACCUUCACUAAGCGUGCUAAUGUGGAGGAUUUUGAGAUGAAACAAAAGAAGACUAUCGGGUAUACGACAGUGACGCAUUUCAACGUUGUGCACGUGGAUUGUCACAUGAACGCCAUUAGGCUAGCACGAUCGCGCGACGAAUGGGAAAGCGCAUCAUUGCAAAAUGCUAAUACUAGAUGCAAUGGACUGCUCCCGUUGUGGGGCCCUGAUGUAAGUGAAUCCUCGUUUUCCUCCUCGAUGGCACGGCAUAAUAACUACAUGCAGGAAUGCACACAGAGAUGCGAAAUAACGUUCGCCAGCUCGAUGCAUGAUUUGAAGCUGUUGUUGUGGCGUUUUGCCCAAGAAAAGAGUUUCCACGAAGAUGCGGGCGGUGGCGGUCCACAGUCUAACAUGCAUUUGGUAGCCUACCUACUGUUCUAUGGCCUAUACACUUUGCUUUCGUCGAGAUCGUACUCCCGUGAAGAGAUGGUCCUAAGCGGUUUCAUCAGCCAAAAACCCUCCGAUCGUUGGUUGGAGUGUGCCUACGAAGCCGAGGGGCCAUUGUACUUGCUUACUAUGUCUUUGGCGUUGCAUACGCCCGAGCUAUGGUCACGUCACAAACUCGUACAUCUGCAACGAUUAAUCGCGGUUGCACAAGCACGACACGUGAGCCCGAACUCCGUGUGCAAGUUUUUGGCUUCGACUGGAAAGCAGCAGAAGAACUAUACGAUCUACAAGUCGUACCUAAUGUUUUGGGGUCUGAUCGAUUUGAUAUACCGUAACUUCUUCCGCUCUGUGAUCAUAUCAAAAGACGAGGACUGGUCGAUUUCGCUCUUCAACUAUAUCCGCCGUAACGACGAAUUCCUGUUAAAGACAGCUGACAGCACGUUGCAAACAUUUACGGAGGAAUAUCUUCCUUGUGCUUCUUUCGCUGAAUUUUGCGAUGUUGCAGGACUACUAAGCGACAUCGAAAACCCGGACGCAUGGCUCGAAAACCUACUACAGUCGUUACCCUCACCAGGACCAUUUGGAUCUGGAUCGAGUACGGGCAGCAGCGGUUCAAGCACUAACGCUGCCACGGGAACAGGUAGCACGGAAUAAACACAAACAAAUAGUUACAGUAACGUAUUAGAAUAGGAAACCUGUAACUGGUUUAUUGUAUUAAAAAAAGAUGUUUGCACUCAAACUAAAUCCCAUUCAUGCAAAAAAGCACCCGUAGCACAUCCUAGUUCGUAAUCCAGGCGGUAUUAAUGUUCUACUCAAUACAAUUAGCAAAGGCUUUAUUCUGGCCGAAAUAUUAAACGGAAAACUUCAAAUUAUGGAAUAAAUAACAGUAAAUGCAAUACAGGAUGACGGCAACAGUCCGUAGUUUUAUUAUUUGUUUAUCAAAAAUAUAUUAGUACCUUUAAAUAAUACCGUACUUUUAUAAUUAAUGCACUAUUAUGACAUCGGGAUGC